AUGUUAGGGCUAAACGUAUUCACUUCUUGCCAGAAGAAAGUCGAAGGCCCCGGAAGAAGCGAAGGAUGUCUGGACGCGUUCCAGUCGAAUAUGUUUCAAUGUAAAAGCAAAGAAUGCCCGCCAGAUGCUGAAUGUCGCGACGAGACCGUGACACUGGACGAGAGCCAGGAACAAGCAUUGAAGAACUUCUUACGUCACAAAGUCUCUACUGGAGUUGANAGUAAUCUUCUCGAUGUCCUGCGGAAGAACUACGACAUCGUGAGCGCACUCGCCGACAUCGAAUCCUCUGAAGGGGGACCAUCGACGAUCCCAAAUCAUCUCAUGCGUGGACCGAACCAACGCAUCUUCUCCGCCUCACCGAGACCAACAGCUCUUCGUCACUUCUACCCCAAAAACAGUUUCGAGUUCGAAAAUGCUUCGAUUUCUUCAACAGAAACUUCUGAAGCAGAUGUGCAGGAACCGUUGUGGGUUCGCUUAACUAAUGAGUUGAAAUGGUUUCUCUACGACAUCGCUGAGGCUUUUGAAACUCCGCCGUAUCAGGAGCCUCAGAAGACCAAACCUGAAAGUCAGAAAUUGUCAGCGAUCGCUCUUCGACGAGAUCUGAAACGAUGCUAUAGUUUCCUACAUCCGCUUAUCGAAGUUGGUGCAGCCAUCUACGACACACUUUUAUGGAAGAACCCAAUGCAUACUCUUCUACUCGUUCUGGUGUACACGUACUCGAUCGUGCGCGGAUGGACGGCGUCGUUGGUCCUACUGCUGUUAUGGACCCAACUGUCACUUAACUAUUUGAAAGCUACCAAGAAUGUCGACAUUGGACUAUAUUUUCUUCCUCGGAAAGAGGUAGCUAUGAUAAAAUUCGACAUCAGCGGAGCGCAGCUAAUAUUUGAUGUAGCGAAAUUUGCUCAGAGGUUGCUCAACUUUGCCGCAAAUUUCCUGGAAAAACUCCAUAGCUUACUGACAUGGAAAGACCGCCAUGUGACAUUCGUCUUCUACUGCUUGGUGAUCUAUUGGCUCGCUUUGUCAAUGAUAUUCAACACAGGCACCUGUCUUGGAAUGUGUGGUCUCACCCUUGGUGUUCGUAUUUUCAUCACCACUUAUCUGUUCCAUCGAUUUCCUCGUCUACGAAGACGACUCGACACUUACGGGUGGUUCUACCGUAACUUACCUGUGAGAACUUCUCGCGAUGGCUCCCCCGUGCUUGCGCAAAGCGCGGAACAACCUUCUCUGGCUUCACGAGCGGCGUCCCCGAUACCCCGUCGAUCCCUCAACCCGAACGGGCUGUUUACUUCUCGCCUUGGAUCGAACUUCAACUUGGACACCACUGGAUCACAACUGAGCCUGAACUCUCGACGUAACUCAUCCAUGCAGAACCUUGUCCACAAGGGGUCUAUGCAGAAUCUCAACCAAAACUACAAGGGUUCCUAUGAUGCUCUGAACGAUCAAAUGGUCACCCACACUCAGACUCAAGUACAAUGGGCCUUUAGUGGACAAUCUGAAUCGCUAACUAUCGAGCCCACCAUAAAUUCUUUCUUCAACCGUGCUAAUCGAUCCAGAGUAUCACCUCUAGUCACAGUUGAGCAAUCCAGUCCUACCCCACCUGCGGAUCCGCCAGCAUCUGAAUCGACCCCGAGAAUCGAGGAGGCCGACGAAGAAACGGCGGUGAAUUCGUCAACUUCGUCCAUAUUUAGCAAUGACGAAGACGAAAGUCUGAUCAUCCAUGAGGACCAAAUGAUCGACAAUGUUCUUGCAUAUCGUAGCUGCGUAAUGAAUGACAAAGAGAAGACGUUUCCGAAAGGAAUCUCAUCGGGAAUUCUCUACCUCACCGAAUGUGCACUCAUCUACCGGUCCAAGUCCAUGUCAGACGAUCAUGCACCUAUCAUGCUGCUCUUCGCUGACAUCAUAUCUAUAAAAAAGAUACAAUCCCUUCGUACUGUAGGACUUCUCACAGGAACGCGAAAAUCUCUUGAAAUCAUGAUGGAGGGUCGAAGGAAGCCGUAUCAGUUCAUCGGGCUUGCCCAGCGGGACGACUUUUUUACUCGCAUUCAGACUGUUUGUGGAAAUGAUUCAAGCAUUGAAUUCCUCUGA